AUGAAGUUCGCUCUUGCCCCCGUCACUGCCCUUGUUGCUGUUGUAUACGCUCAGCAGCCAUUUACCGUCGACACGCCGGCAGAUGCCGUACAGUGCCAGAACGAGGUAAUAGAAUGGACUGGAGGAGCUGCGCCCUUUGAAGUUGACUUGGGAGGAGUAACUGAUCAUAAAUGCUACAGGAUCGUUUCUGCUGCAAACCCUAAUGGACCUGCACUCGUUGAUCUUGGCGAGCAGCAGGGCACCUCUGUGCUAUGGGAUACCAACGUUCCGGCUGGCACGUCGGUUGCAAUCAAGGUCCAAGACUCUCAAGGCGAUAUAGCUCAAACCGCGCCGUUCACUAUUCAGGCCAGCGAUAACAACGGUUGCCUGUAG